AUGCCGCACGUCACGUCUGUCGACUUUGACGCAUUGGAAGGCCAUGGGUACGGCCACGUGCACACCCCGUCAGCGCUGUACGCCGCUACAUUCGCAGGCGAAGACUUUCUGCCCAGCUCUGCAUCCUCAAUAGCUCACGCAUACGGAACCGAUCCGUCGUCCUCGGCUUUGGACCAGCUCUACUAUGACCAGGACCUCCCAUGGCCGGUCUACUACAUAUCGCAGCAUCCCUCAUCCCGACACUAUGAUGCUCACUUCUACGCUACAGCUACCCUGCCACGUUUGGGACGCGCUGGUAGUGUCGUGCGCAAUGCGCGCGAUGCGACGCAUGUUGGUAGUCUGGCCAUGACCCUCCUACAGUCAUGUGGCUGUCAUUUGCGCUCUCCACAAAUUCGCACUGGAGUCGUCAAAGGUCUCCUACUCUCCUCAGCAGUGUCAUUAAUUGUUUUCUUUUUUGAGUCGGCCUUCUUCCCGACGCAGCUCUUUCAACGGCAAUCUGCAGCAUCCGCCGUGUCGGCGGCACACGAAGCCGGCUCAUCGCCAAUGGCGUGGGUCAAUACACUCUUCCUCUACCCGCUCAUUGGCGGGUGCUAUCUCCUCGCGUCUUCUUGGACGACUGAGGUGGCACAGGCUGCCUACGACAUGCAGCGUGAAAAAGCCAAAAAGGGCGAUGGCGAGCGCAUGUCGGCCAUGGCCAAAGGGAUAGCUGAGUUCACGCCGACAAGUGCGACGUACGGAGGCCGCGGCCAAGACGGAGUGUCUGCCGGAGCAGCCGGUCCAUCGGCCUUGUCCGUGGCUGGCAUGGCGUCCCAAGCAUAUCGCUUCGUUCUGGUUGCAAACUAUUCGUUGCUGAGUCUUGGCAUCAAUAAGAUUUGCGCGCUUCUUGGGAUCACAUGGAUCUCUUACCUCGGAGCGGCGGUCAAUUUUGGGCUAAUUAGCUUCGUUGAUAGCUAUUACUGCUUUGAGCUGCUCUGGAUGGCAAAAGGCUGGGGCUUUGAGAAGCGAGCGCGGUUUGCCGAAAUGCGUUGGAGCUACAUGGUCGCUUUCGGCAUUCCAUCCACGCUCGUUUCGUACUUCCACCCAUCUGGCCUGCUCAAUCUCAUGCUCUUCAUGCUUGUGUUUCCGUUCUGCUCUGUUUUGGCACUACUAGCCGAUCCAGUCCCUCAUGACACUACAAUUCUGCAGACUUUGCUGCCAGGGCGCCUAUGCCUGCUCUUGCCGACGGUGCGUGUGCACCGCUGGCUUGUGCGUAACAUUGUGUCGCGAGCCACCUACGGUCGGAUGGGGCUUUCCGAUUCGGCCGCCACGGCGACAGCUGCGGCGCUGGGCAGCAGCUUCCACAGGGCAUUCUCGGUCGGGAAGACGAGCAACGCGGCAAGGUUCGCGCGACAGAUCUGGAAUGACACGACACAGACUUCCCAUGGCGGCUACAUGCGAUCUCCACAGCUGCAACAAUAUCGAAAUGGUUGGGGUGGCGGUGGCGCGAAUAGCCCGAAAACCGAAGCCGCGUACGGGCAAGCGCUCUUAGCGCACGGCAUAAGCGUCGCGGCACAGCAUAACGCCGGAGACAAUGCUGCUUGUGGAUACGCAAAUGCAACGCAGCCGCCCGCCACACCGCGGAUAGGCAAUGCGCCUCCGCCGCGGAGGACCGCGGCGACGGGGGCGUUUGGUGCUGUGGCUGCUACCACAACAGCAAUGACAUCAGCGACGAGUUCAGCAGGCGUUGCUCCCUCACUGCAAGCCCCGUUAGCGCCCCCACCACAAGGGCUGGCACGUGAUCAGGCUGCUGCUGUGGCAAGGACUUCAGAGCAGUCACCGACGCAGAUCCUACCAGGAGCGACCGGCGCCGACUCCGCUGCCAAUGGCCAUGCGUUUCAGUCGUGGAUGGAUGUAGCACAUCGGCCCAAGAAGGCUGACUAA